AUCACAGGGUACCCUCUGCCAGUGGCGAACUGGAUGGAGGCACAGCCAACGCAUUCCUUGUGGUCACCGUCCCAGUUGAUACCGAGUUCUGCAGCUGACUCGAUUGUACAGAAAUCUCUGUCCAUCGUAGAGAUGGCAGAAGUAACCAUCUGACCGCAUCAUAAUGUAUUUGCAUCAUAGGUAUAGACAGGCUUGGUCAGUCGCGAGGCUAGUCUUGCUCCCCCUGCUCAAGCUGCCGGAAAUAGCUGGAAGGCCUGGAAAGGCGUAGGUGGCGAUGGCAUGCGGGGCAGGUAUGUGACAUCCUCUUGCCCCUUACUGCUUACCCAGGUGCUUCUCACAGCCUGUUGGCACUCCUUCUUCUUCUUCCUCUCUGUUUCCUCUUUGCCCUUAAGUCAGUUACUUGUGAAUUUUCCCUUAAGUAACAAGGCGGAUGUCAGCACAAAAAAAAGUUGGGGGACUGUUGGCCUAAGCAUUCAAACUACAAGAGCAAUGUACUUUAGACUACCCUAUCUGCCAGGUUUUUACUGCUGCACUGAUUUGUUAGGUAUAAUAAUGGAACUUCGAGGGACUUUGUGAAUGUUUUCUGACAUACAAGUUGAAAGCUGAAUUGUGGCACCUUAUAAAGUUAUCCAUCCACUUUCAAAGCCCCUAUGAUUUUUCUUUGUGUGUUCAUUCUUGUCCCUGUAGCAGAUUCCAGCAGAGUGCGUGCUGAUGCGAAGGCUUUACUCUGUGGCUAAUUGAUUGGAGCCAGGCUGCCCGGUUGCCCACGUGUGAGGAGACCGUUCGCGGAGUGCCAGACACGGCUUAGAAAGCACGUUGGAAGUUGUUGUCCACCGUGUCCAGCCCUUGCUGAAUACAUCCCAGUCACCACACAUCCAGCGUGAGGUCCCUCCAGCUACAAGGUGGGCACCAUGACUGAGAAGUUCGACUGCCACUACUGCAGGGACAACCUGCAGGGGAAGAAGUACGUGCAGAAGGACGGCCACCACUGCUGCCUCAAGUGCUUCGACAAGUUCUGCGCCAACACCUGUGUGGACUGCCGGAAGCCCAUCGGCGCCGACUCCAAGGAGGUGCACUAUAAGAACCGCUACUGGCACGACACCUGCUUCCGCUGUGCCAAGUGCCUUCACCCCUUGGCCAACGAGACCUUUGUGGCCAAGGACAACAAGAUCUUCUGCAACAAGUGCACCACUCGGGAGGACAACCCCAAGUGCAAGGGGUGCUUCAAGCCAAUCGUGGCAGGAGAUCAGAACGUGGAGUACAAGAAGACCGUGUGGCACAAAGACUGCUUCACCUGCAGCAACUGCAAGCAAGUGAUCGGGACCGGAAGCUUCUUCCCCAAAGGGGAGGACUUCUACUGCGUGACCUGCCACGAGACCAAAUUCGCCAAGCACUGCGUGAAGUGCAACAAGGCCAUCACAUCUGGAGGAAUCACUUACCAGGAUCAGCCCUGGCAUGCCGAGUGCUUUGUGUGUGUUACCUGCUCUAAGAAGCUGGCUGGGCAGCGUUUCACCGCUGUGGAGGACCAGUAUUACUGCGUGGAUUGCUACAAGAACUUUGUGGCCAAGAAGUGUGCUGGAUGCAAGAACCCCAUCACUGGGAAAAGGACUGUGUCAAGAGUGAGCCACCCAGUCUCUAAAGCUAGGAAGCCCCCAGUGUGCCACGGGAAACGCUUGCCUCUCACCCUGUUUCCCAGCGCCAACCUCCGGGGCAGGCAUCCGGGUGGAGAGAGGACUUGUCCCUCGUGGGUGGUGGUUCUUUAUAGAAAAAAUCGAAGCUUAGCAGCUCCUCGAGGCCCGGGUUUGGUAAAGGCUCCAGUGUGGUGGCCUAUGAAGGACAAUCCUGGCACGACUACUGCUUCCACUGCAAAAAAUGCUCCAUGAAUCUGGCCAACAAGCGCUUUGUUUUCCACCAGGAGCAAGUGUAUUGCCCCGACUGUGCCAAAAAGCUGUAAAGCGACAGGGGCUCCUGUCCUGUAAAAUGGAAUCGAGUCUUGUUCUUGUGUCCUCGCCCUCUGCCCUGCACCACCCGGAGGGCCAGAGCGGCCUCUCACCUCUAAAGUUGCUUCCUCUGUCUUUGCUCCCAUUUUACAGUAUUACUCAGAUACGGGCACGCAGUGGUCACACUAGGAUGUAGCGGCGCGGCCACUUCUCCGCAGCUGCGGUGAAAACACAAACACGUAGAUAGGUUGACUCUUCUGCAUGUUUAUCAUAGAGCAGAAACGUGCUCACCAUUUAGCUGCUUAGUGACGUGAGCGAGAAGCGUAACACAUAAAGCCCCCGCUGAGAUGCGUCUCGUGGCUCAGCUGGGACCCACCGUGUCCUCAGGACACGCAAGAGUUGCGGCGGCUGCUCCAACUCGGCUGCUCACCUGUCUGUGAGCAGAGAGCGAACUUAACAAAUUGCAUGGUUGAACCUCCUCCUCGAAAUCUUCCUGCUGUUCUUUUGUGCUCUCAAACGACUAAUACGAAUUUCCAGAAAGUUAACAUUUGAACUUGGCUGUAACUCUAAACUGACCUUUCCCCCGUACUAACCUUCGAUUUCCCCGUGUGGCGUGUUUUCUGAACGUUCCCACUUUCAAGCGGGGAACGGGCAGGUGAUUUGGAAAGUGUAGGCAGACCUGAGAAAACGAGCCUGUUUCACAGGAACAUCGUCACGGCGACUACUUCUGGAGGCUUAACAAAACUAACCCAGCUGCCCUUUUUCUUUUUCUUUUUUAAUACUCUCGUUUUAAUUCAUAGUAACGUAGUUUAUGGGUUUGGAGACUUGCAUGUCGAUAUUUUAGCCCCUUCGAACGUUCCUGCGGUUUUGAAAUUCAUCCUGCCGAAGUAACCGUGACACUCUAGCGGGGGGUAGCUGAGCAGGCGCCAGGACUGUCAUUGACACGGAUAGGACAUUUCCAAACAGCGGCUAGAGUGGAGUCCCUUGUAGCAUAGUAGUUGUCUGCUCUUUGUCUGUGUGCUCAAGAGGCCCGCCAAGUCCCUUUUCUUGUGAUUUUUAGGACUGUCCCUCAAGAGCUCAGCUGGAUCUCUGGGGGAGCGGCUGCCACCCUCACAGGCACAAGCGGAUUCCCACGCAGUGCUUACCUGAGAUGCAGGCUCACCUAACUUACCGUAUUCUUAUCAACAUUGUUCUAUUACAUAGUAUAAUGAGACAGUAUCAAAAGUAAA